UUGAGUCGUCGUUUUAUUUUAUUUUUUGUUGUUGGGAAAUUGUUUUAUUUGUUGUGGUAAAAAUCAGAAAACAAAUAGAUAUCCAUCAAUUCCAAUAAGUUGUUUUUGUUUGUUUGUAUGUAUGUCUGUCUGUCUGUCCAUCUAUCGGUCUGUCUGUCUGUUGUGUGUAUUUAGUUUUCUGGAUUCAUAUAUAAUAUAUAUAUAGCACUCACCAAUACCAUGGUGUUCUGAGACAAUCCAUCCAUCUCUAUCUCGCUCCAUUAUAAUUGUGUGUGCUCAAUUUUUUUUUUUUUUUGAAUAUGCUCAUAGAUGAUGUAAUCCAUGUGUUUUUGUUUUGUUUGAUUUCAAUUUGAAUUUGAAUUUAAAUUUUAUUUUUAUUUCAUCAAACAAAAUGGCUACAUCAUCAUCGAAAAUGAAAUUAUCACAACAAGAAUUACGACAAUUGAUGCGUGAAAAAACAAUACAGAGUAAAAAAUGUACCAGAAUUGAUUCACCAUUGGCCAGAUAUGAUGAACGUGGACAACUUUGGUGUCGUAUUUGUAAUCAGAUUAUUAAUAAUGAACUUUUGUGGUCUACUCAUUUGAUUGGAAAAUCACAUAAAAAGAAAGUGGAAGAAUUGAAACAAAAAUCAAAAUCUUUAACAACAAAAGAAUCAUUACCAUCAUCGAGUGGUCCACUAAAAAGAUCUCUAAAUGUUGAUGAAAAAAUGGAAACUAUUGUAGCGAAUAAAAUAAGAAAAUCAUCUGAAAAUAAAGAAGAAGAUAUCGGCGAUAAUAAAUCAAUUCAAACAGCUUCAAACGUCGUUACAUUGGAUUCAUCGUUGCCAGUAGAUUUUUUCGACAAUGGCAACGAAAAACCUGUAGAAAAACAAACCAAUGAAUUAUUAUCAUCACAGAUACCGAAAGGAUUUUUUGAUGAUCCACAAAUUGAACGUAAAGUUCGAAAAACACCAUUGGAUGAAACGUUGGAUAAUCAAUUUGAAUUAUUUCGUAAAGAAAUUGCCGAACAAUCUUUGGUUUCACAGAAUCUGAUGGACGAAGAAUAUGAAGAUUUGGAAAAAGAAAAAGCACUAACAGAAAUUGAUGAACAAAUUGAAAAUUGGGCCAAAGUUGAUGAAAUUCAAAAGAAAAUCGAAGUGAUUCAUAAAAAACAUGAUGAAAACAUGGAAAUGAAUGAUAAUGAUGACAAUUCUGAUAACCAAGAUGCUGAUGAUGAUGAUGGUGAAAUCGAUUUUAACGAUAUGAAUUUUUGGCGAAAUAAAGAUGUAUUCCGUUGAAAUGAUGAAUUUUGUAAAAUAAAAAAUUUAUAAUUUU